GCCACUUCUGCUGCUUUUAUCUUGCUUCUCGUCUUGCUUCUCACACACAACACACAGCUUCUCCUUCAGAAUGAACGUUCUUAUCUACAGUGGUGCUGGCACCACUCCUGAGUCUGUUAAACACUGUUUAGAAACUCUUAGAAACUUUCUCUCUCCCUACUAUGCUGUUACUGCUGUUACUGCAAAGACUAUCAUCGAAGAGCCAUGGCCUGAGAAAACUUCGUUAUUGGUGUUCCCUGGUGGUCAAGAUCAACCAAGUUGUCGUGAGCUCAAUGGCCCUGGAAACAAGAAAAUUAUGCAGUAUAUUAAAAAAGGAGGUAAGUAUCUAGGUUUCUGUGCUGGUGCUUACUAUGCUUCCUCGAGAUGCGAGUUCGCUGUUGGUGAUCCUGUUCUAGAGGUGUCUGGUCCAAGAGAAUUGAGGUUUUUCUCUGAUAUAGCAAGAGGUCCUGCCUUUCCUGGUUUUGCUUAUCAUUCUGAAGCAGGAGCUAAAGCUUGUGAAGUUCUAAUCAACAAAAAUUCUCUAGAUGGUAUUGAGAUUGACAGCUGUAUAACCUAUUUUAAUGGUGGUCCAGUUUUUGUAAAUGCUGAUAAGUAUCCAGAUACUGUUGAAAUUCUAUCUACAUAUAAAGAUGAUUUAAAUGUGUCCUGUGGAAAAAAUAACGUUAAAGCUGCUUCUAUUUUGUGCAAAGUAGGUAAUGGUAAGGCCUUGUUAUUUGGUAAUCAUCCAGAAUUCAAUCCUGUUUUAAUGAAGGCGACAAAAGAAAUGGAGGAAUCCAUUCAUGAUAUAAUCGAAAUCUUAAUUAAAAAUUCAAAAAAUAGACUCAUCUAUUUAAGACAUUGUUUAGAAAAAUUGGGUUUACAAGUCAAUAAAAUUUCCACCGUUAAUAUUCCAAGAUUAACACCAAUUAUUUUGGUCUCAAAUAAAGAAAAUGUAGUUUCUAAUUUAGUUUCAACUUUGGAAAAAAAUAUUGAAAAUAAAAGUGAAGAAAAUGACAAAACAGUCUUUUAUGGUAUCCAAGAUACCUUUAGACUUCAUCAUGCAGAUCAAGAUUCCUUAAACCAUUUUCUUACUAAACCCCAUGAAGAAUAUGAAGAUGCUGCUACUGCUUUAAAAGAAGUUGAAUAUUUUACUGAUAUCCUACCAAAUUACAGAAAGACUCCUUAUUUUAACAUCAUUUCUUUUUUUAAAUUCUUAGAAACCAAUUGGAAAAAUGUUGGCCAAUCUUGCGGAAGUUUUGGUUCUACUCUACUAUAUGCUGAAGUUAUCACAUCAACUUCUUCAAUUCUAGAUAAAAAUACCAAUAUACUAAAAUACUUGCCUGAAGGUACUUUAGCUGUUGGAACCACUCAAGUCGCUGGUCGUGGAAGAGGUGGAAACGUUUGGGUUAAUCCCCCUGGUGUUAUGGCUGCCUCUUCAACUUUAAAAAUCCCAAUUGCAAAUAACAGAAUAUCUCCAAUUGUUUUUGUUCAAUAUAUAGUGUCUUUGGCUGUUGUGAAAGCAAUUAAAUCUUAUGGUGGAACUGAAAACUCCGGUUAUAGUGAAAUUCCUGUCAAAAUUAAAUGGCCAAAUGAUGUUUACAUUUUAAAACCAGAAUACUUUGAAACAAGAACAAAAUAUGAAAAUAUCACUGUUAGUAACAUUGAUCCAGUGUAUGCAAAAAUUUGUGGUAUUUUAAUCAAUACAAAUGUUAUUGACAAAGAUUUUGUGCUUGUUGCUGGAACUGGUGUAAACGUAUUUAACGCUGCUCCAACCACAUCAUUGAAUUUAGUUCUUAAAAAGUUGAAUGAACUUAGAAAAUCUCAAGGAAAGGAUGAACUACCCCCAUUUACAAUUGAGAAGUUUUUAGCAAGAUACAUGUUUUUUUUUGAAAAGAUAUUUAGAGUUUUCCUUGUCUCAGGCUUCCAAAGUUUUCUUUCUGAAUAUUACGAUGCUUGGUUGCAUUCAGAUCAAGAAGUUACCUUAACCACUCAUGGAAAUGUUAAAGCGAGAAUAUCUGGAAUAACACCAGACUGGGGAAUGCUUAUUGCUGAAGAGGUAGAUAAAAAUGGGUUAAGAACUGGUAAAAGAUAUGAAUUGCAACCUGAUGGUAACUCUUUUGAUAUGUUUAAAGGUUUGAUUCUGAAAAAGUAUUAGCCUGUUUUUGUGUAUUUUAUCUUAAUAGUUAUUUUCAUAGUUUUUCUAUCUAUAUCAAGAUUUAUCUCAAAAUAUCAUUUAUUAAAGAAUUUAAUAUUAUUUAUAUAUUGUAUAUAUUAGAAAACCUGCAUAAAAACUUUUCUUUUGAAUUAAAUU